AUGGAGGGUGUUCAGACUGUGGACGUGAGCUGGCUUCACCAUUCGCAGAAAGAUCACCUUCAGCGCACCAAAUCCACGUCAUCAACUAACGAAAAAUCUGGCGAGAGAGAAAAUGGGACUACAUCGUCCAAAUCACAUCGAAGAUCCCGUUCGAAUAGUAACCCGGCUCGUUCGCCGUUAACUACCUCGGAAGAGAGAAAGGAAGCUCCAAACGAUCUGGGCACGGUAGAAGAGAAGGUAGAGCCGGGUGAGGGUAAGGCCACGGAGCAGAAACCCAUAUCAAUCUCAUCAACCCCAUUGCCGACAACACAGCGAAGCGCACCCAAACCCGUUGGCGGGCGGAGGAAUUCCUGGAUCUCGAGUCUCAGCUCCAAGUUCUCAUCUGGCUCGACGCCUCCCUCCCAAUCCAGUCUGAAAGGAAGUCCAGCAAGUCCUAAAGCGACAUCCCCUCUUGAUGCUCAUAACCCUUUCGGCGCCGCAUACUCCCCAAAGGACAAGGAAGAAGAAAAGAAGGACGAGACCAAUCCGUUCACUUCCUCCUCGCCGAAAAGCCCCUCAUUCAUCCAUAAUGCGUUGCGCAAAUUCUCAUCCAGCUCGGGCGGACUGCCCAAGCUUCCUUCUCACGGAGCGAUAUGUCCGCGCCGCGUGAUGAACCUCGAUCCGAGUCGAGACCGAUGCAAGAUCGCGGAGCUCAACCAGGCAAAGCUUCAUCGCGUUGCGUUUUGCGUGGACGUUGAGAUUGCCGGUAUUUCUCAUCGCGAUACUGACGAGGAUGCUCCCCCUACCUGCCAACUUCGACAGCCUCUCCCCGAGUCUAAUCGCUCUAAGUCGAAGAAGGCGGAAGCGAAGGCAGAUACCAAAGCGGUUGCCCAGUGUAAAGAGAAUGAAGAGGCUGAGGCGUUGAAGAAUCCUCAAGCUGCAGUGGCUGAGAAGGAGGCUCCGGUUCCAGCCUCAACACCUGCGCUUGCAACUACGCCUGCAACUACGCCUGAAACUGCGCCUGCAUCUGUCCAAGGAGAUACCGCUACCCAGGAUGCACAGUCUACUCCUGCUCCAGCUCCUGCGGUGACUCCCGCUGACUCCAACCCUGCCGAGUCUAAGCCUAAUGGCGAAACAAAAGACCCGAGCCGAAAGGUCGAAAAGAAAAAGCGCUCGGAGGAAGAGAGAAAGGAGCGCAAGGAGCGCAAGCGGAGACAGGCUGUGGCAAACGGCUCUAUACCCCUGCAGUUGGAUGCAGAAAACGAUGAUGAUGAUGAGGCUCCCGCGCCGGCGGUUGGUGUUUCCCGCUUAAAGACACAGAGUCAUCCAACUACGGAUCCGGUACGGAUCUAUCGCCGGUGCUGUCAGCUACGCGAAACGCCAGUGCUGAAGAGAAUCGUGGAUCAGAUUUCUGCGCCGUCUUCCACACUGGCCGAGUCCCCUGGCACUGUGGCUGCUUUGGAUCUCAGCAACUUCCCCAUGACUUCACAAGAUAUCACAACCUUCAGCGACUGGCUCGCUGUCGUCCCCGUCCGAAAACUCAUUCUUGAGAAUUGUGCUCUUGCAGACGACUCUGUGCGAGCUAUUCUUGCUGGACUCCUCUCCACCAAGACAGUGGAGCAGAUGCGUUACCGGCGGAGACGUAACCGCAGGUCGGAUUCCCCAGAUAUGAAGGAAGAGAGAUGGGGCGUUAUUGAGAAGCUUUCCCUCAAAGAUAACCCCAAGAUCGGUCCACAAGGAUGGCGUCAUAUUGGUCUCUUUGUCCACUUGUCCAGGUCCUUGAAGGCCAUUGACCUGUCGGGCAUUCCUUUCCCUAAAUGCAAGGCUCCACCCGAUGUUCCCACUGCAUCGAAUAAGCCGCCGCCGCACAACAUUUGCACUAUCUUUUCGGACGCGUUAGCUGAGCGGUUCGCGGGUGAUCACCUUGAAGAACUCCUUUUGACUGAGUGCAAGCCUUCAGUUGACCAAGUGAAAAGGAUUUGCGAAGCCUCCACCAAAAUGGGACUGCGAAGAUUGGGCUUUGCAAACAACAGUCUGACUAGGGAGGGCCUUGAGCAUGUGGUGGAGUAUUUCAAGGCCGGCUCGUGUGAGGGCUUGGAUCUGGGAGGAAAUCCUAUCAAGGACGACCUUGAUCUUCUUACCGAUGCUAUUGAGCCCGAGCAGCCGUUCUACGCACUCAGUUUGGCGGAUUGCGAUUUGAAUCCCACCGUGAUUUGUCGUUUGCUCCAAGCUCUUACCCGACUCCAUAACCUACGUUUCAUUGACGUGUCUCACAACCUCGAGCUUUUCUCUGUUCAGCCUAAUGCCCUUGGCGCAUUCCGACGCUUUUUGCCCAAGAUGCCAUCUCUCAAACGUAUCCACCUUGCCGAUGUUGACCUGUCGCCGGAUCACGUUAUUGGAUUGGCCGAGAUCCUACCAGAAUGUCCUAGUCUUUGCCAUUUGAGCAUACUUGAAAACCCUCAAAUCGUCCGCUUGGCAUCUGCCACAAACCCAGUUGUCCAGGAAGAGGCCUGUGCUGUCUACGCUUCGAUGAUGGCCGCCGUUCGUGUCUCGAGGACUAUCAUUGCAGUUGACAUCGAAGUGCCCACUGCGGAGAACAACGAAGUUGUGAAGGCUCUGGCAUCCCAAAUCGUUGCAUACUCGCUUCGGAAUCUUGAGGGUGGUGCCAUUGCAGAGGAGCUCUCUGAAGCUGGCGUGUCCCUUGGAUCAAAGGAGGUUCCAGUACCAGAGAUUCUGCAACACAUCGUUGGCAUUCAUGGACCCCCUGAGGAACCUUGCGGUGAAGAGGAUGAUGACCCAGCUCCAGAUGAGGACUAUGUCAUCGGCGGGACAGGUGUGGUCAAGGCCCUGGGUGUCUGCCUCGGAAACCUGGAUCACCACCAUGCGGCGCUCGAUGCUCUUGGAGACCACUCUGCGCCUCCCAGUGGUACCACAACUCCCAGGCGUCGGAAAUCCCGCAGCGUUGUUACCAAGCGGCCUCGUGACAUGUCAAAGAACCUGCUCGAGUCGGCACGCAAUAUUCGUGUGCGGAUUCAAUCAGCGCUCAUUCGUGAGGACAAAGCUGGCAAUGACGCGAACUACCGCCGCCUUCAAUUCCUGGAUUAUACUUUGGCUAAGAUGAUCCAACGCUUCGAGGACGAGUACCCCGAGACUCGCCUUCCUCAAUCUGCUCCUACAGCUGUCGCACCCGACUCGAGCUCACAGAACUCCGCCGAGGAUGCGAAUGGGACAAAUACUACUGGCAAUUUGCACAGCAGUAUGGUCGAUGAGAACGCCGUUGACGACGAAGAAACCGACAACUACGGAAUCCACCUUUCCCGAACCAGCUCAAUGACAUCCCUGCACGCUCGUGCGAUGACGUCUGAAGAAGGCCACGUCCAUCGCCUGGGCCAGAACCUGCGCCGGGACUUCCUCAACCCACCUGAGGGCGAGAUAGCGGGUGAUGAGGACGACGACUCCCACGUUAUAGCCCUGCGUGAGAAGCUCGAGCGUCUGCACGGAGAGCAGUCUGAGUCGCCAUUCGAUAGUGAUCGGGCGGAGCAAGCAUUCGAGAUGCUUGGACAGAAUGUUGACGAGCUCUGGGCCGCCCAACGCCAAGAUGCCGAAGGAUUUGAAAGAUUCAAGCAGUCCCAGAUCGCAGCGCAGAUCAACAGUGGACUACGCGCAGCCAACGGCUCAGAGACAGAUGCCACCACCGAGAGCAAGUCGCUCCCGUCUUAG